GUCAAUUCUCGCCAUAUUAACAAAACAUUCAUGGUUUUAAAAUAGUAAAAUUGUUUGUCUCUUUAAAAAAUGCUACUCAGCAGGAAAUUUGGUAGAUUUAUAACAUCAGUACCCAAAUUAAUUAACCGCAAUUACCAAGUAACAGUAUUAGGUGGCAUUAAUGAUGUUAGCCAAACCAUUUGUUUUCUCCUUAAAAUCCAACAAAGUGUUAAAAAGAUAGUUAUUUAUGAUGAGAAUGAAAAAACCCCAGGAGUCGUUGCAGACUUAAGCCAUAUCCCAACCCAAUGCGGAGUACAAGGUUUCACAAGUGAAAAUUAUCUCGAAAGAGCACUCACGAAUGCCGACAUCAUAAUUACUGCUGGUAAAGCUUUAAAAACACAAGGACUUUCCAAGAAAGAAAUAUUUAAAGAAAACGCCGCAUUUAUAAGAAAAACAGCAUCAGCAAUCGCUAGAAUGUCUACCAUGCCAUUUGUAGGUAUCGCGACAGAACCUCUAAAUACCAUGUUUCCUAUGGCAGUUGAAAUUUUACGCACAAAUAGAGAUUACAACACUAGAAAAGUAUUUGGCGUAACAUCAGAUGAUUUGCUGCGUGCACAAGCAUUGUACGCUAGUGAAAAUAAUCUCGAGCCGUACAAUUGCUUUAUCCCUGUCAUAGGAGGACAUUCCAAGGCAACCAUGAUACCUCUACUAUCGCAAGCGAAGCCGGCAUGUAAUAUGGACGAGAAAAAAGUAAUUGAGCUGACUAACAAAAUCCGCAAAACUGAAGAUUUCGUUGAUAAAUCAUCUUGGUCUCCAACUCUUGCUACAGCGCAAGGAGUGUUAUGUUUUACCCAGAGUCUUAUUCAUGCAAUGGAUGGCAAGGAAACUACAGUCAAUGCUUUAGUAGAAAACAAUGAUUUUGGUACUUCGUUCUUUUCCGGAUUAGUUAAAGUUGAUCAAAAUGGCGCAGGUGAAAUGCAAACAUAUAAAGAUCUUUCGGAGUACGAGUGCACAUUACUGGAGCAAAGUAUUAAGCAAUUGCGAAAAGAUGUUUCUGAUGGCAAAAGAAUAUUGGAAUUUGCAUGAAUAUUCUUCUCUAUAUCACAAGUAUAUAAUUGUGAUAUAAAUAUUCCACGCUGUCAUGUCGAAAGUUUCAGGUUUUGUUAAAAUAAAUUACAACAUACCAACAUA